AUGAGCUCAUUCGAAUGGGUCAUUGGCAUUGUUAAUGUGGAAAAUAAAUAUCUUACCGCGGAAGGAUACGGAAAUAAAAUCAACGCCGGCGGCUCUGCUCUUCGUCGAAAACAGAAAUGGACAGUAGAAUUUCACGAUGAGGAAACCAUCUACAUUCGUAGCUAUGCUAGAAAUUACAUUUCCGUAAAUCGCUUAGGAACAGUAACAUGUGAAGCCAGGGAACGUGGAGAGGACGAAAAAUUCCGCUUGGAGUACGCCACAGACGGAUCCGCGCGUUGGGCAUUUCGAAGCAGUAAAUAUAAAUAUUUUCUAUCAGGUACUGAAGACCAAAUAAAUUGUCUUGCCAAAACCGCAUCAGAGGAAGAACUCUCACUGUGGUAUACCCCAUUUGCCAUGCAUCCACAAGUCACGCUGCUUUCAAUGUUGGGCAAGAAAUACGCAAUAGCUGAUCAUGACCACGUCCGUUUGCUCGGAAUAAAAGCCUGGGGGUCCCAAGCUUUACUCACCAUGGAAUUCGAUCGUGGGAAGUAUCGAUUUAAAACUACCGAUAAUCGAUAUCUCAGUAAGGAUGGGUCGUUGGUGAAAACACCGGGUGACGAUACCCUCUUUGGUAUCGAAGUCCACCUGAGUAACGACAAAUCGUUGAAAGGGUUGGCUUUCCAAGACAAUGAUGGCAGAUAUUUGUCGGCUACAGGCCCCUCGGGAAUACUCAAAACCAAAUACAAGGUUCUGAGGAAGGAGGAGUUUUUUCGGUUGCAAGAAUGUCAUCUUCAGGUGGCAAUCCGUGGAGCCGGAGGAAAGAUGGCGUCCGUUGGGAUGGAAGUCAUGUUGAAGAGAAUGACCCAAGGCCCGAGUAAAUCGGAAAUCUUUCAAUUGGAAUACAUUGGUGAGACGCAGAAAUGGACCAUUGAAACAUACGAUGGAACAUUCUGGGCAGUAGGUAACGAUGGCCGGAUAAUGGUAAACACCAACACACGAGAGAAAAAUAAUAUGUUUGAAAUCCUGUGGCUGUCCAAUGGAAUGGCCAGCAUUAAAGGGUCAAAUGGCAAACGUUUAGUUAGCAAAGGAACCGGUAAUCUUGUCGCUGGUGUCCCUGAAAAUGCGCAAGACGAAGGCUUCCAGAUCCGGAUUUUGAAUCGUCCAGUAAUUGUUUUCCGAUGUGAGUUCGGGUUUAUCGGGAUAAAGACUUCCGCCGGAAGUAACAAAGAUGAGUACAUCUGCACUAAGGCGUAUCCCAGCGUCAUUACCCUAGAUCAACUGGACGAUGGCAAAUACAGUCUUCAAAGCGAAAAUGGAAAAUAUUGGUGCAUCAACCCACAGAUUGGGGGACAUCCUUCUAUAAAAGCUAUCAGUAAUGUGCCUAUUCCAUUUGUUUUAGAAUUUCGAGAUACUUCCAUGGUGACAAUUAUGGCGGUUAAUGGUCGAUAUUUAACUUGUGAUCAGAUUGGUCACUUUCAUGCGUCAGCAAUAGAACCGGGACUGAACUGCAUGCUCUAUUGCUGA